UCAGGAUGCUUUCAAGUGUUCAAAGUGUCGUUGUCCACCCUGCAAGAGGAGGACUUGAGCCGAAAUUUGAAGCCGGUGAAGAAAUACGGCAAUAACGUGUUUGCACCACGUGGGAACUCGCCCAAACUCACCGAGAAAGUCAUCGAAAGUAUGCCGGCCAACGCGGAUCCUCGAGAAAAUAUCCUCAACAAUAAUUACUUUUUGAAACGAGUAGACGCUGAUGAUGGAUCGAUAUUCACGGAUGAUCUGCAGGAUCUUCUACCGCAGAACAUUCAGCAUGUACAGACAGAACCCUCGGUAUCGAUAGGAAGAUUCGUUGCAGUGUAUUUGAUAAUUCUACUGAUUGUUGUCGGAAUUCUUGUCGGUAUUCUUGGUACCUGUUCUGUGCUGGUGUUCGUCGACUACAAAAAUAACCCGAAAUUUGACACGUCGGGAGUUGUCACUUACACUAGGCGCCGAAAUUUUGAGAAACUUUAUGUGGACGCAAAACAGAGAGAGCGGCUUGAACGGCAACGAAGGCAGGCUGCGCAGUCACGAACUCCUCUGCCAGUGCCGGGACGAGUUUCGCGUACCAGCCGCGAAAGUGAACUGAUGCGAUCGUCCAGAGAGGCCACCGAAAGCUUACGGGCGGAUCGGAAAAACUCCUACUAG